AUGUCGACUGCAUUCCCUCUCCUCCGCCUGCCAGACAACGCUCAACGGAAAGUACUCAAUGGUUUCGAUUCAGUUCAGUUAAUCAACUUCUCCUUGCUCUCGAACAACGCCAAACAACUCGCCAAAUCUCUCAAUCUUACCAUCGACAGUAUCAAUCUAUACGCGGAUGACGACUUCAUUGAAAUUAACACAUAUGUUAACUAUGAGCAAUCGCUGGGAUUAGCGUUCUAUCCACCAGAACCAAGUACCGGUAUACAAUCAGUACGUGGUACGGUGCCAAUCUAUGUUCCCCGUCGUGUGAAAGCGGAGAAGAAUUUUGAGGAUAUAAUGGAGUUUGAGAAUCCGGGAAUGAGCAUUUCAGAAUGGUUGAAACUACUAAAAGAGGUAUUCAACCAUCCACCUGUUUUGGAUAUUUCGUGGACGGAGCCGGACUGUCUCUUCGAUAUGAAAUCACUUAAGGAUACUGUGAAUGGAUUCAGCGUGGGCGAGCACACAUUUACUGAGCAGUGUAGCAUAGAGUGUGCACAGCUGGCUUUGAAGAACAUGCCAGAAUCAAAAACUGUGCUUUUCGAAGGUCCCGCUUUCGGAAAUCCAGUUGACUAUCAAGAUAUGCUCAUUCAGAAUGUAAAACGUCUUGUUAUUGGAUCUUGUGAUGAUCUUCAUUCUUUUGAUCUGAAAAUCUCUUUGGAUGAUAUACUGCUUAUCAAUAGCGAAUGGAUUGAGAUUAUUUCAAGACACGUCACCGACAAGAUGAUCAAUCGAUUCCUCAAACACUGGAUUAAAGGUUCAAACCCGAGAAUGGAGCAUAUGAGAAUCAGGAUGAUAAAUCUGGGAGUGUGCUCAGCGGAAGGAGGCGUCGAUAUCCGCCGGAAAGAUGGAACGGAAGGGACGAUUACAUUUAUAAAUCGCAACGGGAAUAGUUCCAUUGUUUUUUAUGUGUCCAAUUGA